AUGAGCAGCGCGGAGCCGCCGCUCGGCGCCGGGCCGCGGGCAGCGCCCGCCUGGCAGCGGGAGAUCCUGGAGCGCAAGCGGGCCAAGCUGGCCGGGGCGGGCGGCGAGCCCGAGCCCCCGGCCGGGGAGCGGCUGGUGGUGGCGGAGAGCCUGGGCCCGCUCCGCGAGAACCCCUUCAUGCGGCUGGAGAGCGAGCGGCGCCGGUUGCGGCAGGGGCGGCCCGGGCCCGGCGGCGCGGCGCGGCCCCUGCAGCAGCUGCUGGAGCUGUACAGCGCCGUGCCCGGCAUCCGCACCAUCCGCGCCGACAACAUCCUCAUCAUCGAGUCCCGCGCCGACCCCGCCGCCUGCUUCUCCGCGGGGGACGCGCCGCUCGCCCGCCGCCGGGACCCGGCCGGCGCCGACCCGCUGCGGGAGCUGCUGGCCCGGCGAGGCGCCGCGCUCGCCGAGAUCCGCGCCGACCAGGUCGUCAUCUACGAGACGGCCGAGCCGCCGGAGCCGCCCGAGGCGGCCGAGCCGGGCACCGUCAGCCGCCUCCUGGAGAAGUUCGGGCAGCGGCCGAGGGGCCGCCGUCGCCGCGUUGGGGACGCGCUGACCGGGACCGGCGGGGUCGCGGCUCCGCCGCAGGUGGGACCGGGCGCUUCCCGGGCCGCUCCGCCCGCGGGGCCCGGCUCCCCCCGCGCCCCCGCGCCCCUCCAGAAGGGACCCGGCUUCCCCCGGGCUCCGGCGCCAAAGCCGGGACCGGCAUCUCCGCCGGCGGUCCCCACCACUCCUCCGCCGCUCCCGGCUCCCCCCCGAGCUACCACCCCCCCAGCGGUGCCGGUGGCCCCCCAACCCACCGUCCUGCAGCCGGCCCCCCCCCGGGCCGUCACCCCUCCACCCGCGGCCUCCCCACGGGCUGCCACUCCCCCGCCCACGGUUUCCCCUCGGGCUGUCACCCCGCAGCCCGCACUACCUCCCCGGGCUGUCACCCCCCAGCCCACCCCGGCUCUCCGCGCUGUCACCCCUCAGCCCGUGCCCCCCCAGCCCACCCCGGCUCCCCCCCGGGCCGCAGCCCCUCAGGCGGUCCCAGCUGUCCCCAAGGCUGCGGCCCCUCAGGCCAACUGCUUUCUCCACAAGAUCAGCUCCAACUCCUUCACGGUCACACCCCGGGGGCAACCCCCCAGCACCCGCGUCCCCGAGCCCGGUGCUGUCCCCGCCGGCCGCCCCGCAACGCCCAAGGGGCCACCAGUGCCAUCCACCAGCCCUUCCCAUGCCAGAGCUAACGCCAGGAGGCCAAAGCCGGAGGAGGCUGAAGUGGCUGUGUCGCCCCUGCCCAGUGCCAGUCCGGCCCCCAGUGCCACCGGCGCCAAUCGGCCGCUCUCCGCCUCAGCCCCCCGGACCGGGGGCUCCUUCGAAAUCCACCCGGCCCCCAAGCCCGACUUGGCGGCCAUCCCAGCCCACGACCUGCAGGCGCAGGCUCUGGCCAAGCUGCGCCUGAAUUCACGCAAUUCCUUCGUCUUUGUGCCCCGUCGGGAGGGCAGCCCGGCUCGAUCACCGGCCCAGAUUGCCAGGCCGGGACCACCGCCCUCGGAGGAGAAGGCACCCAAGGAGCCCCCGAGAGCUUCCACCCCGGAGCAGGAAGAACCCAGCACUUCCCCAGCGGUGCCUCUGGAUCCGUUGGUGCCUGUGACUUACAUCGAUGACAUCGUGGAGCCGGACAGCAGGGAGCUGCUUCCCAGGGCUGGCCUGGCUGCGAGGACGGGGAGCUUGGCCGAUCAGCCCGGAGGAGCUAGCCCUGACCCGGAGAUGGAGUUUUCCUCGGUGCCCCUCUACAGACCACACUCUGCACCCCAGCAGAGGGGAGGCAGCACCUUCACUGUUGUGCCCAAAAGGAAGCCCGUGGUCCCGGGGCUGCAGGCCGAUGCCAGCGGAAGGCCACAGCGGGAGGAAGAGGAGGAGGAGGAGGAGGACAGCAAAGGAAGAGGCAAAGCUGUGGAGAACACUGAUGGGCCCCAAGUGGGGAUAUCCCAUAAAAAGCGCUACCCCACGGUGAAUGAGAUUGAAGUGAUCGGGGGGUACCUGUCCCUGGAGAGGUCCUGCAUGAGCAAGACGGGCUCGCGCCGCAAGAAGAUGAAGAUCUCUUUCAACGAGACAAGUUUGCAGACGAUGUUUGAGUACCCCUCAGAGAGCUCCCUGGCAGAAGAAGAUGAGGAAGAGGAAGGACAUGUUUCUGAAGCAGAGGAGGAAAAAUCUCGUACGUUUUACAUUCCACACCCAAACAGCACUUUGCAUCCCAGUACACCUAACUCAGCAGAUUUAUCUAGCUACACCCCAAAGCACUCCGUGAAGUUCAGCGAGUGGCAGGAGCAGAAGUAUGAGGGUCCUGCUGCAGAGGGACCCCUUCCAAAGGAAGCUGAUUCACAUGGGAACCAAGUCAUGCUCACCCCGGCGGAGAAGGGCGGUCUCUCGGAUUUCAGCAGCGAGCCCGCGCUCUAUUUCUGAGGCUGCUCCGCGGUGCUGCAGCAGCGGCUGCUGGGCAGGAUGGGGCAGUGCAGCCGCCCUGGCCGCACGGGAACCGCCACCGAAACGGCCCCCGAACCGCUGCUGUCCCCGAUCCUGCUGCCAAGGGUGGAUCAGAUGCUCUCUGAUGGGCAUCUAUGGAGAAUAUUUGCACUGGAUUUUGGGACCGAAUUACUGCUUUCAAGAUGUAUGAUUGAUUCUGCCUGUGGCCUUGCAUAUUCCUUGUUCAAGAUCAGCUGCCAGUUAGGCACGUGUGGGAAGGACAUCUGGAAUCCUGGGAUGGAUGUUGAUUUUUCUCAGUGCUUGUCUGAGCCCAGGCACUGUGCAGGGUCUGGACAGCUUUUGCAGCCCUU